AUGGCGUUAAAGAAGGAAAAACGCUAUUGGCGUACAAAUUUGAUCUUUGUGGUGGGAUAUAAAAAAUCCUGUUAUGACGAAAGUGAUGAUUAUCAGUAUUGUAAUUUGAGAAUGGUUGAAGGAUACACACAACUGAACACGUGUCCUCCUGAUUCCGCCCACCAUGUUCGUCCUGGUCACAGUACAGACUACUGCUACUGGCUUCUUCUCUCCGAACAAUCAGCUAAGGACAGCAAUAUACUGUGUCAGGAGAAAGGAGGCAUACUCGCAACAAUACCGGACCAGGACGCUCAGCGAUUCGUGGAGAAACUGGUUAUUUCUAUGGAUGGGGAUUUUGAAGCGUAUAUCGGUGUGAACGAUAUAUCAGAAAACAAUGUUUACCGUACAUACGACGGACAGGAACAGGCCUACUUUAACUGGGCUGGGGAGCACCUGGACAAUAUAGAAGACUAUCAAUGUGUUAUCAUCUCCAGAAAGUCACAUCUUAAAUGGAAUGAUAUUUUCUGCUACUUCAACAAACAAGCAAUUUGUUCCAAAGCUCUCCAAAAAUAUACCAGCACUCCAUCACCUGAUGCUCGGGAGUCUGCCACUCAAAAUCAUGUUGUCGAAGAAAUUGCCUCCGCUUCAAAUAAUGUUUAUAUCGACCUGGACCUUACUGCAGCUCGAGAAACACAACCCAUGUCGUACGUAACGAUCAGUGAUUAUAACAAUAAUAUGGACCUUAAUUCUCCCUCGUCAAUGGUGUUGACUUCUACCGAAACGCUGAAGAAUUCGGCACCAGGAAGUACCGGAUAUAACACAUUCUCUAGUACAGCCGAUAAGCAUGACAACGUGUAUCCACUCACAGGAUCAAAUACAUCUGUGAAUCAAAAAUCACAAAAGACAGUGAAGCAAAUAUCAACCCCAAUAGUGAAUAACAAAAGGAUUCAAAAGACAAAAGCACAGAUGAAUCUAGAGUCUCAAACACCAGUGACUUUAAAGUCCAACAGACAGAUAAUUCAAGGAACAAACACACAGGCGUCAGCCACACAGAUGAAUCUAGAGUCCCAAAUACCAGUGACUUUAAAGUCCAACAGACAGAUAAUUCAAGGAACAAACACACAGGCGUCAGUCACACAGAUGAAUCUAGAAUUAAACACACCACAGAUAACCAAACAAUUGAUUUCAGGGUCACUCACACCAAUGGUUACAAAAGCAGGCACAUCAGUUGAAAGCACCCGAUUGAUUCUAGGAUUAAAGAGACAGCAAACGACCACACAAAUACCGAACACAUUAUACACACCAAAGAAUAACAAGCAGGUGGUUCAAGGAUCAUACAAACUAGAGACACAAGCACAGGUGACACCAGGUUUAAACACACCAAACAUCCAGUUGGUUCAUGAAUCAAACACACCACAGAUAAACACACAGGCGAUUCAAGAAUCAAACGUUCCAGAGAGAAACACACAAGUAAGUCAAGGAUUAAACACUACAAAGACAAACACACACGUAAGUCAAGGAUUAAACACACCGCAGACCAACACACACGUAAAUCAAGGUUUAAACACACCAGAGACUAACACACAGGUGAUUAAAGGAUCAAAAGUACCACAGACCAACACAAAGUUGAUUCAAGAAUCAGGAAAAUCACAGACCAACACACAGGUGAUUCAAGGAUCAGGAACACCACAGACCAACACACAGGUGAUUCAAGGAUCAGGAACACCACAGACCAACACACAGGUGAUUCAAGGAUCAGGAACACCACAGACCAACACACAGGUGAUUCAAGGAUCAGGAACACCACAGACCAACACACAGGUGAUUCAAGGAUCAGGAACACCACAGACCAACACACAGGUGAUUCAAGGAUCAGGAACACCACAGACCAACACACAGGUGAUUCAAGGAUCAGGAACACCACAGACCAACACACAGGUGAUUCAAGGAUCAGGAACACCACAGACCAACACACAGGUGAUUCAAGGAUCAGGAACACCACAGACCAACACACAGGUGAUUCAAGGAUCAGGAACACCACAGACCAACACACAGGUGAUUCAAGGAUCAGGAACACCACAGACCAACACACAGGUGAUUCAAGGAUCAGGAACACCACAGACCAACACACAGGUGAUUCAAGGAUCAGGAACACCACAGACCAACACACAGGUGAUUCAAGGAUCAGGAACAUCACAGACCAACACACAGGUGAUUCAAGGAUCAGGAACAUCACAGACCAACACACAGGUGAUUCAAGGAUCAGGAACACCACAGACCAACACACAGGUGAUUCAAGGAUCAGGAACACCACAGACCAACACACAGGUGAUUCAAGGAUCAGGAACACCACAGACCAACACACAGGUGAUUCAAGUAUCAGGAACACCACAGACCAACACACAGGUGAUUCAAGGAUCAGGAACAUCACAGACCAACACACAGGUGAUUCAAGGAUCAGGAACAUCACAGACCAACACAAAGUUGAUUCAAGAACCCAGCAUUCCUGAGAGAAACACACAAGUCGGUCAAGAGUUAAUCAUACCAGUGACAAAUACAAAAGAUGUUCAAGGAUUGAAUACAUCAAAGACAAAUACUCAAGUGGUUCAAGGAUCAAACACACAACAGACAAACACACCGUUUAUUCAAGGAUCAAACACACAACAGACAAACACGCAAGUGAUUCAAGGAUCAAACACACAACAGACAAACACUAUGGUGAUUCAAGGAUCAAACACACAACAGACAAACACACCGGUGAUUCAAGGAUCAAACUCACAACAGACAAACACACCGUUUAUUCAAGGAUCAAACACACAACAGACAAACACACAAAUGAUUCAAGGAUCAAACACACAACAGACAACCACACCGGUGAUUCAAGGAUCAAAUACACAACAGACAAACACACCGGUGAUUCAAGGAUCAAACUCACAACAGACAAACACACCGUUUAUUCAAGGAUCAAACACACAACAGACAAACACGCAAGUGAUUCAAGGAUCAAACACACAACAGACAAACACACCGGUGAUUCAAGGAUCAAACACACAACAGACAAACACACCGGUGAUUCAAGGAUCAAACUCACAACAGACAAACACACCGGUGAUUCAAGGAUCAAACUCACACCAGACAAACACACCGUUUAUUCAAGGAUCAAACAUACAACAGACAAACACACAAAUGAUUCAAGGAUCAAACACACACCAGACAACCACACCGGUGAUUCAAGGAUCAAAUACACAACAGACAAACACACAAAUGAUUCAAGGAUCAAACACACAGCAGACAAACACACAAGUGAUUCAAGGAUCAAAUACACAACAGACAAACACACAAAUGAUUCAAGGAUCAAACACACCUGUUCCGCAAUGGUCAGUUACUCGAGUGUCAAUGACACCAAUGAAUGACGUUUUAUCAAAACCAGUGAGUCAUGAUUGGAAUGAACAUGUGACUCCCGGACCAAUGAUAUCAUAUUACCGCGCCGAAGAAACAAAAAUACAAGAACGACCCGAUAAAACGGAUAAUCAAAGGUCAUUUACAGCUGUUAACCAAAUGUUUGAAACGGAAGUACUUCAAAGGUCAUACACGGCAGAUAAUCAAACGUCUGAGACGGAAGUGACUCAAAGGGCUGAGACGGUAGUGAGGCAAAAUUCAUCCAGGUUUGAUAAAAUUACACACCAAAGUACAGAUACUUCUGUGAAUCAAUGGUUACAUAUACACCGGAAUCGAACGACAGAUACACCUGAGAAUCAACAGUCUGAUACACCUGUGAAUCAACAGUCUGAUACACCUGUGAAUCAACAGUCUGAUAAACCUGUGAAUCAACAGUCUGAUACACCUGUGAAUCAACAGUCUGAUACACCUGUAAAUCAACCAUCAGAUACACCUGUACAUCAAAGGUCUGAUACACCUGUACAUCAAAAGUCUGGUACACCUGAGAAUCAACAGUCUGAUACACCUGACAAUCAACAGUCUGAUACACCUGACAAUCAACAGUCUGAUACACCUGUACAUCAAAGGUCUGAUACACCUGACUAUCAACAGUCUGAUACACCUGUACAUCAAAGGUCUGAUACACCUGUGAAUCAACAAUUAGAUACACCUGAGAAUCAACAGUCUGAUAAAUCUGUGAAUCAAGUGUCUGAUACACCUGUGAAUGAAAGGUCUGAUACACCUGAGAAUCAACAGUCUGAUACACCUGUUAAUCAACAGUCUGAUACACCUGUACAUCAAAGGUCUGAUACACCUGAGAAUCAACAGUCUGAUACACCUGUACAUCAAAGGUCUGAUACACCUGUGAAUCAACAGUCUGAUACACCUGAGAUUCAACAGUCUGAUACACCUGUACAUCAAAGGUCUGAUACACCUGUGAAUCAACAGUCUGAUACACCUGAGAAUCAACAGUCUGAUACACCUGUAAAUCAAAGGUCUGAUACACCUGAGAAUCAACAGUCUGAUACACCUGAGAAUCAACAGUCUGAUACACCUGAGAAUCAACAGUCUGAUACACCUCCACAUCAAAGGUCUGAUACACCUGAGAAUCAACAAUCUGAUACACCUGUGAAUCAACAGUCUGAUACACCUGUGAAUCAAAGGUCUGAUACACCUGUGAAGCAACAGUCUGAUACACCUGAGAAUCAACAGUCUGAUGCACCUGUGAUUCAACAGUCUGAUGCACCUGUGAAUCAACAGUCUGAUACACCUGUGAAUCAACAGUCUGAUGCACCUGAGAAUCAACAGUCUGAUACACCUGUGAAUCAACAGUCUGAUGCACCUGUGAAUCAACAAUUACAUACACCUGAGAAUCAACAAUCGGAUACACCUGUGAAUCAACAAUUAGAUACACCUGUGAAUCAAAAGUCUGAUACACCUGUGAAUCAACAGUCUGAUGCACCUGAGAAUCAACAGUCUGAUACACCUGUACAUCAAAGGUCUGAUACACCUGAGAAUCAACAGUCUGAUGCACCUGUGAAUCAACAGUCUGAUACACCUGAGAAUCAACAGUCUGAUACACCUAUGAAUCAACAGUCGGAUACACCUGAGAAUCAAGGGUCUGAUACAUCUGUACAUCAAAGAUCUGAUACACCUGACAAUCAACAGUCUGUUACACCUUUGAAUCAACAGUCUGAUACACCUGAGAAUCAACAGUCUGAUACACCUAUGAAUCAACAGUCGGAUACACCUGAGAAUCAAGGGACUGAUACAUCUGUACAUCAAAGAUCUGAUACACCUGACAAUCAACAGUCUGAUACACCUUUGAAUCAACAGUCUGAUACACCUGAGAAUCAACAGUCUGAUAAACAUGUGAAUCAAGUGUCUGGUACACCUGUGAAUCAAAGGUCUGAUGCACCUGUGAAUCAACAGUCUGAUGCACCUGUGAAUCAACAGUCUGAUACACCUGAGAAUCAACAAUUAGAUACACCUGUUAAACGAUGGAUAGAUACACAUGUGAACCAAAGUGCUUCUGUGAAUGAAACGUCUGAUACACUGGCGAGAUCAGUACCAAAUGAAGUCAGUCCACAUUCUGCUGCAGAUCGCCAGGAAGAAAAUAUAUCUAUUAAUCUAACGAAGAAACUACCAGAGGAAGAAAUUGGUGAGCUUGUCAGAUCUGUGACAAGUAAGAUGGACACCUCUUUCACAAGUGAGAUGGACACAUCUGUAACUGGUAAGUUGGACACAUCAUAG